UCCCCGCUGAUGGAUCCCUCCAUCCCUCACCCCCUUACUACCUACGACCCGCGCGCCAUCUGUUGGAAGCGAGGUUCCCUUAUCAAUUCCUCUAGCCCGCCCAUUGAACUCGUAUAUCCUCCCUAGAAUCCUUGGGUCUGCCCCAGGGCAGGGAACGCUUCUACACUCCUACAGCCGCAGCGCUCCAGUCAGUCCAAUGAGGCAGGAUGGUUGAAGGCCCAGGAUGCAAGUUGAAUGGGGAGAAACUGAAGAAGAGAGUCAUAGGGCAAAAGGUUGUUGGCCUCGCUGGCACCUCUCUCCAAAAGAGCAGAAUUCAGAAGCCAGAUGAAGCCAUGGCAUAUAACUGCUUUGUGGGGAAGAGAGUCACUGAUGUCAAGACUUUAGGGAAAGAACUUUUUGUGUUUGUAGAGGCAGAGUUCUGCUUGAGGGUGCACUUCCUGAUGAAUGGCAGCCUGAGGUUCAACAAUGAGUUCAUGCAGUCAGAUACUAAGAAGAAGGAAUCAGUUCUCAAACUGAUUCUCAGCACAGAUUGUGUGUACUUCUACGAUAUUUCCCUUGAGAUAAGAUCUGCUUUUGAGUCCCAGCAGAAGUAUAAAGAACUUAUUGACUUGGACAUCUGUUCCCCAACCUUCAACCUCCAGCGAGCAGUGCACACCAUCAGGCAGCAUACCACACGCCUCAUAUGUGAUGUCGUACUGGACCAAUUGGUGCUGCCUGGGGUGGGGAACAUUAUAAAAAAUGAGGCACUCUUUAAUGCAGGAAUCAACCCAAAUACCAAAGUUGAUGAAUUGAAUGAAGAUCUCAUCAUUCUUCUUGUCAAAAUGAAUAGAGAUUUUACCAAGCUAUUUUAUGAGUGCCGCAGGGAUGGCAAAAACCUUUACAAGUUCAUGAAAAUCUACAAGAAGAGUGAGUGCCAGGAGUGCAGGAGGAAAGUGGUGCAGUGCAAGGUUGGAGAGUAUGAGAGACUUACCUUUUACUGUCCAGGCUGCCAAAAUAAUACCAUGAAGCUUCCCAUAAAGAGCUCCCUUCUUGGAUGGGUUUUCCACCAGCAAGAUGUAUGGAGUUGUGUUGCAUGUACCCUGGAGAAUGAGGUAGCCAGCUGGCGCUGCAGCUUGUGCCUCACUCCCCGGCCACCUCCAGAGAGUUUCCCCGCACUGCACCACAACCCCUCGGCCACAGCCACCGGCACCAAGAGAACCUUGGAUGGUGGAAUGCAGAGUCCAGGGAGCUCCAAGAGAUCAACUUCAGUCGGGGAUCCUUCCAACUUUCAGUCCUCAGGCCAUGUCAAACAUUCAUCUUCCUCUGCUACCUCUCAUGGAGGUGAUCAUGACAGAGUUGUGUGUCCAGGCCACAAAACUGAAGCCAGGAAGUGUAAGGUGGUAAAGGAAGGUGACAACAAGGGCAGAGUUUUCUAUACCUGCAGCAAGCCACAGGGACAGCAGUGCAAGUUCUUCUUGUGGGGUGACAACCACCACCCGAUGUGUCACCACGGCAAGGUCACCGUCCAACGCACAGUGCUCAAACUUAAUGCUAAUAAUGGCCGUCACUUCUACUGCUGCUCUAGACCUAAAAACAAACAAUGUGACUUUUUCCAGUGGGUGGAUGCUGAAGUGGGGUUGGUGAGCUUGGCCUAAGUGAAGAGCACUGUGCCUCUGUGUCUUCAUACCUGCGCUUCAAUAAGUACCAGCGAGCACAGCGCUUGCGGUCCAUUGAGGCAUGUUUCCAGGAUGUGAAGGACACCAGGCUGGUGGAUGACAGCUACACAGUGGAGGAGGUGAUGGAGCUUCUGGACUGCCUUGGUGAUGUAGUGAAGGCAGAGGUGGAGGGGGAGUUGCUCCAUGCUUGCCACACUAACUCCCUCCUCCUCACAAAACUGCUCAAACA